GGAUCAUGCAUAAAAAAAUAAACUCUAAAUUAAGUGUCCUUUUCACAACCGUCUGAUGUAUCUGAUGGUCUAAUGCCUCCUGGCCCUGUAUGUUUGCCUAGCCAUACAGACUUCCGAAAAUAGUAUUUUCUGGAUAUAUUACAGGAAAGCUUUCAGUAUGUCAAGUCAACAUGGACAGCUGAUGUAGUCCAUUAAAGAGAGAGGGCCAGCAGAUUGGGGGAAGAUUAGUAAAUUGAAUUGAUUUAUGAUCACAUUUGCUGAAUAAAAAAUACUGGAGAAGUGCACAUUCUGCUUUGUUCUAGCUAGAUCUUUUACUUUUCCAUUUAUGAAACACCAGCAGCAGUGCUUUAACUACAAUUAAUGCAUAAAUUUUUGUUGCUACUAAAAAGUAAAAAAAUCAAGUAGAAUUUUAUAAUUGAACUAGCUUUUAUCAACUGGGGUCCUCCAUUACCUUAAGGUUUCAUGAAAGACUACUAGGAGUUCUACAAGAGAUUGUGACUGAAAAAUAUCACACUUCAUUUCUUAAUUUGCACACCGCACAGUGAUAAUAUUUAAAGCUGUGUAGGUUAAGCGUGAAUUGUAUUAUAAAGAUCUUGCAUUUUUUUGCAUUUUUUAUAGAGAUUCCUUGAGACCUGAACAUUAUUUCAAGGUUCCUCCAGGGUUAAACAGUAAAAAUGAUUGUUUAAGAAAUGUAGCUGCUGUUUUUAACCAGCAGGGAGGAUGUGACCUGAGGAUUGCAUAAUUAGAAAAGUUUAGAUUAGAUAUGCCUGGAUUUUAAAUGAAUAAUUAAUGUGUGAUAGACCUACUUCAGAAAUCAUCAGCUUCUAUAGCUACAUUUUCCCCUUUAUUUGAGACAUUCAUUGUUUCAAAGUCAAAAAGGACCUGAUACUGUGAGACAGAAAGAGAGCACAGCCAAAGGUAAGUUUAAAAUUUAUUGUAUUUCCACUUUUAAUAAUUAAUACUUAAAUGUAAUAUUGAGAAUCAAUUUGUUCCUUAUAUGAUACACAAAUAGCAAGAGAUCCUAGAGUAAAAAGAUCUGCUCUGAUACAUUAGGUAAAUUUUCAGCAUAAUUUUAAAGCUGAAAUUCUAUAUAUAUUUCACUGACUGGAAAUAAUUCUAUGAGCUAUUGACAGAUUGUCAAGCUUUGUUUGUUUAUCUUUCUUAAUAUAUGGAAAAGUGCUGGGAACUAGUAAUCACAGGUACCUGAAACUAGGAACUACAGUAGUGUUUAGCAUGCCAGCUAAUGCUUCUUCUUGUGUCUCCUAAAAAUGCCUUUGAGGACUAAAUUGCCAAAUAUUAAAACAUAAAAAAAACAAAUAUAGUCUUUCCUCUUUUAGCAUUAAUAUAACUAAAGUUUCUUUGUACUAGCUUCAGAUGGUAUCUUAGCUAUUCCUGCUCUGAAUGGGGAUUGAAGUUCCAAUCUUAAUGAUACCCUUCCAUUUGGAUUACUGUAAUGUGUUAUGUAGAGAGCUGCUAUUAGAAUCUGGAUGUUUGAAUACAAAAACAAGAAUUUAAACUGACUUUUUGUAUUAUGCGUGUAUUGUACAGAUAUCACCUUCCUUGGUUCUUAAUUGCUUCCAACCUCAGAACAAUGUAUUGCCUUCAUUCAUCAGAUUAAAAUAUUCAUGUCUACCUACUUACUGAUAUGUACCUAUUUUCUCCAUAACAUGAACCAUUUCUGAGAGAUUCUGGAAGUAAUAUAAUGGUCAUAGGAUUCUUACCCUUGCACCUAGAGAAUACAGUAAAGAAUAUAAAAAUAAAUAGACACAAAAAACCCACGUCCCUCUAGGCAUCUAGAUUGCCUCUAGACAUCUAGGUUGCCUUAAUCUUGUUAACCUUUCACAAGGCUCUGAAGACCAGGUGUUUGGGCUAGGGAGUUAAGCAACCUCUGCUGGUAAUGCUGCUUUUAUGAUUUAAGUCUAUUGUUUUAAUUUUGGGUAUCAUGGUUUAGAUGGUGAAGUGUUGUUUUAAUUUUGUAUGUUACCCGGUUACUCUUGUGAGAUGGGUAGAAGUCAUGUAAAUAAAUAAGUAAUCAAACAGGCAGCACAAAAAUUAUGGCCAGUACAGAGUCUAUAACUAAAAACAAUGAGGAUUUAAAAAUGGAAGCAGGUUGUUUCUUGAUUUGAAAAGCUUCAUUAAGAACAGAAGUAUCUUGGCUUUCUCUUCUCAGUAAAAACUUUCAUAGAAACUCUUAAUGGUACUUGUUUUAGAGAAGAGCCAAAUACUAUAUACUACACUGGUAAUCAAUAACCUCAUUAUAUUUUUUCUUCCAUUAAAAUUAGGAACUCUUUCAUCUAAUUCAUAUGUAAACGUUCUUCAGAACAAUGGGAUGGAUUUUUCCCCUCAGUAAAAUUUCAAAGUGGGAAAUAUAUUGACUGAACCUGAAACAAUAUCCAACAUAUUUAAGAAGCAUGGACUCAAAUAGAAAAGAAGGAGAAACUGAAAGUGUGCCAGUGAUUAACCCUGCAACACAGAUUGCCCAGUAUGUAAUCUAUGAGUUGGGAGUUUUUGAGACAUGGUGGAAAAUCAACUUUUUCAUCUGAAGAACAAAGAGUGGAAGGCAUAUAUAUGCAUUUCUCCUAAAACAGAAGAUGGAUGGCUAUGGGAAGAUAUCUUUUUCCUGUGAUUUGCUAAGAAUUGUAACUUUUUUGGUUAUGACUGAGGUACCAUCACUGAAUUGCAGGUGAUGGCAAUGAAAGUGCAAGGAGUGUGUUUAGAGGUAGAUCUGGAAAUUUCUCCAUUUUGAUCGGACUUUGGAAACCUCCCUCUCCAGACUGAAAACUAUUUCUAAUAUACCUAAAUGACUGAUCAGUAUACCAAAGUUAAACACUGAAACACAUUCUGCUGGAGGAGAAGAUAGAGACAAGAUUGGCUAGGGAGGACCCCCUACCCCAACAGGGGGAAAGGAAAAGCCAAGAUGUCUUAGCAGUUGCAGGCUCUGGCUUCUGAACUUAAAAGUAGCUUCAGUGAAGCAAUGCAAGAACUUUCAAGAAUUCAACAUGGAGAGUAUGCUCUUGAGGAGAAAGUUCAAAGCUGCCGGUGUGCAAUGGAGGAAAAAGUGGCCGAGAUGAAAAAUUCUCUAAAUGAUUUCAAGGAGGAGCUUAAUGACGCCAAAUCUAUGAUUGAGGAAAUUAGUGCCAAACAAGAAGAGAUGCAGCAAAAAAUUGAGCAGCUGCAACAAGAGAAACGGAAAGAAUCUCGCAAGCUCAAAGUGAAAAGGAUUCAAAAAGAGGAGCACGGUUCCCAAACUGUGCCUACUCCUCUGCAAGGAAGCCCCUUUCGAGCCCUGAAACUUCCAGAGCCAGUUUUAAUUAAUGAAGAUUUUGUCAAGCUUUUGCACAAUGCAACAUAUGAGAAAGUCUCUGAUUGCAUACCUAGAACAAUAGGAGAAAGCAAUAUGAGAGGUGUAACCAGUACAAAUCUGGACAGAGAAGAAAAUCUCAUAGCUUCCUCUUCAAGCGAUGCUCCAUCAAAGGGACAGGCAUCGGCAACAAUAUGGAAACAGCCCAAAGACAGUAAAGAGAAGAAUGAUGAAUAUAUUUCAAAGAACUUCAAUGAUCAGCAGAGGGAUUUGGCUCUGAGUAGAUAUAGCUCACUAGAGAAUUUGAUGUGGGAUUCUUCUGUUGCAGCUAAAAGGCAAAAUAUUGCUUUGGAUUUACUAGAGUCUGAAAGAAAGUAUGUUAUCAGCCUCUCUCUUGUUCUGAAAGUUAAAUCCACAUUGCAAGGAACAGAAGUGAAAAGAAAUACAAAGGAAAGUUUCUUCCCCAAUUCUUUGCGGUACUUGGUCCAGCAACAUGCAGAGUUACUUCAUGCCUUGCAGGAAAGAGUGUUGAGCUGGCCUCAGCAAGGAAUCCUAGGAGACAUAUUUCUCAGAUUGACCAAUGAUGAGAACAAUUUUUUGGACUAUUAUAUUGCUUACUUGAGGGACUUGCCAGAAUAUAUCUCUUUGAUCCAUGUGGUGAUUUUGAAAAAGAUUGAGGAAGAAAUCAAGUCUGAUCUCUACAUAUUUUUCUUCCAUAUUGUCCAACGCAUUCCAGAAUAUCUUCUUCAUUUGCAAAACAUCCUGAAAUAUACUGAGCAAGAGCAUCCAGAUUAUUACCUCCUUCUUGUCUGUGUUCAGCGCCUACAAGUAUUUAUUUCUCAUUACAGUCUUCUCUUCCAGUGCAAUGAAGAUCUGCUAAUACAGAAAAGAAAGAAACUGAGAAAAUCUUCCUUCAUAAAGUUAUAUAAAGGUCUAGCCUCUCAGUGUCCCAGCAGUGGACCAGCAGCCUCUCCAACUCCAAGUGCAACUUCCUUUCACAAUAGUGGAAUCCAUUCUGAAGAGACAGUGCAUCUGUUUCCAUCAGCCUCUGUUUCUGGAAUAACUGCUAUGCACUUGAUGUCACACAUAAAAAAGGGACAACAAGAAAUGGCAAACAUUCCAGGGAAACCAUGUGAGUGGGAAGCUGAUGGAAGAAAGCAUGGCAGACCAGAGAGUGCUUUAACUUCAUCUCAGUUCAAUGAGGAGGACUUGAAGGCUCUAGCGGCUUCUCUGCAGCCUCUUCCAGACAUGGAGUUCAAUGCUGCUUCAUCAGAUAUGAAAGAAAACAUGGAGAAGCCCCACAAAGCUUCUGCGGAGCUUCUGCAAGACAGCAGAAGCUUUACUCCUGAUUUUGAAGAUUUUGAAUACCGAGGGAAUACAUAUUCCAUUCCUGGACUCUAUGAGAAAGAGCCUCUGGCUAUCCUUCAGACUUGUUCACCAGCCUCUUCUGAAUCUAGCAUUGACAUCUGCUUCUUGCGACCUGUGAACUACACAAAGGAACCAGAGAAGGCUCACCGCACUUUGCAACCACUUCCCAAGAGCAGUGAUCUGGAGCACAUCAGUAGCAGCACCUCCAAGCGUGAGGUUUUUCGGAGCAAGGGCAAACAACUGAGUCAGUCCUUGAAGGAGUUUCCCCGGAGUGGGUCUGAAGGCAUCAGCACAAGACUAUAUAGCACAAGGAGCAGCAGUGGGAGUCGGCUGUCAAACUUGCAGGAGAGAGGCUUCCAGCCCCAAGAGGCCUCUGCCACCUCCAGGAGCUCCCAGUGGAACUACUUUCCUCCACAGCGAGGAGUGGGUGAAAAGCAAAGCUUUGUAGAAGAUAUGUAUUUAGAAGAUACCCGAUUCUCUUGCAGAGAUGACAAUGAACAAACAUCUUUCAGCAGUCAUCCACCACGGCAAGAACAAAAAAGAAGCUUUCGCAGUUCCUUCCGCAAACUUUUCAAAAAGAAAUGAGUCAUUGAAAGAAAAAUAAAUUUGCUAACAUUUAUUUACUCCCGUUAUGCAGAAGGGCUACCUAGCAAUGGGGAAAGCAUUGUGUUAAUGUCCAUUGUAGUUUAUUGGUUCUGAGUUGUUAAUGUAAAACCUUAGAGAAGUGUGGGUUGUCAUUACUUUUGCCAACUAAACUUCAGGCAGGAUUUUUCAGGGCUGGUAAUACCUUGCAUGCCAUACAAGAGCUACAGUGUGUAACAAUGCAUGUUAUACAAAUUUGGUUCUAUAUCAUCUUUAAAUCAAGUAUUCAAGAUGGUUAUUCAGUGCUCCUGUAUGAACUGGUUCAAUAGGAAAAUGUCUUGUGUCUCCAAAUAUUCAUCAACUCCUCUUUGGAUAUCUGCAUUAUCUAUUUUCAAUAGUGUAGAAAAAUGUAGCACAAUUCUUGAUUGAUCUAUCUCUAAAAGAGCAGUUCACCUCUUAAGAGUAGCUUUAGGUACAAUUUAAUCAUCUUACAUCAAGAAUAUUGUAAAAUAGGAAUGUUUAUAAUUUAUUUAAGUGAUCUGGAAAUAAAAAAUAUCUAGAUCACAAGGUUCUAAACCAAAUGAUUAGGGUUUUUUUUCCAUAAACAGGAAAAUGGUGCUAGGCUCAUAUAUACAUUUUAAAUUGGUAUAAUUUAUAUUUUACUUCAAAGUAUGUUUUAUUGCUUGCAUUUUGCUUCAAAUGAAAUUGAAGCAAAAGACAUGGCUAAAAGACAUGGCUCAUUUGCUCAGCAAUUCCACUGAGUAUUGUUUGUGUGAUUAAGUUAUAAAAGACUAAUAAUGAGACAAAAAUCCAAACCACCCAAUCGUAACUGAAUACUUAUACAAUGGGUAGUGAAAGCUGGAGAAGUUAAAAAAAGUGGGAAAUACGAAAAAAAGUCCAAUAUCUUUCUGGAACUAAUAACCAAUAUUAUAUUGACCAGAAACAUUUAAUCAGGAAGAGGUAAUCUGCUGCUCAUCUAGAACAGGGCUUUUCAACCUUUUCACCCAUUGUACCACUUUUAGGAUAUCCGAGUACCACCAGCCGCCUAGCAAGGUG